AUGAACAUUGAGCUGUUCCCGAGGGAGCAAGAGGAGGAGGAGGAUGAGACGGAGGGGUCGGGGGGAACCACCGCCCCAUCGAAUGUUCGUGACGUCGGAGGGUGUGUCGCGUCGGCCCCGGUCCGCUGGGGUGAUGGCGUGCGCGGCGCCGCGCUGGCACCGCCGUACCUGCUGGCGCUGGGGGCCCAGCUCCUCACCGUGCACAGCCUCCUGGACCAGCAGCUCAAGCAGAGCAUCCCCUUCACGGGCGGGCACUGCCUCGACAGCCUGGAGGGGAAGCUGCUGGCGUGCGCGGGCGGCCAGCUCUUCGCGCUGGAGCCGUGCUCGCUCGAGUGCCAAGUGGGGGACCUGCUGGCGGGAGGCCGCGUCGACCAGGCGCUGGAGCUGGCGAGGGCGUCGCGUCACACGAUGCCCCGCGACCGCUACGCGUCGCUGUACGAGCGCGUGAAGCAGCAGGCGGGCUUUGUGGAGUUGGCGUUGGGCCGCCUCCCUGAAGCCACGGAGCUUUUCAGGAGCGGCCGCCUGGACGUGCGCGAGCUCGCCUCGCUGGUGCCCGACCUCCUGCCGCCCUCCUCCUCCUUCUCGCGCACGCACCCCCCGCUGCACCCACACGCCGACCUCACCACGCUCACCGGGGGACGCCCCCACCUCGCCGCCUCCGUCCGCCGCUUCCUCGCCUCCCGCCUGGCGGAGGCGCGCUCCGCGGGGCCCCCCGACUCGCGCGCUGUCGUGCUCAUCGGCGGCGGCGGGGGGGCUCUCCCCAGCCCCCCCCCGCCCGGCCCGCCGGGCUGGCGGGAGGACGUGGACACGGCGCUGGUGAAGCUGUACGCCGAGGAGGGGGACGAGCGGCUCUUCGACCUGCUGGCGGGCGGCGACUGCGCCGCUCACUUGCAAGACUCUGCCGCUCACCUGGAGCGCCUCGGCAGGUAUUUUGCACUCGGUCUGCUCUACCACCACCAUCAGCAGGACGACGUGGCACUGCAGUACUGGGUGCGAGUGGUUGACGGGGAGCUGAGCGACGCAUCGCGGCCCGACCUCUUCUCAUUCGUCGUCGACUUCCUGAGCUACUGCCCGAGCGCCAAGCUGGUGUGGAGGCACUCCGCCUGGGCCCUGCAGCGCAGCGAGGAGACAGGAGUCCACAUCUUCACCAAGCGGCCGUGGCGAGAGGAGGGGGAGGCGCGGGGGAGCGAGGAGCUGUGCCCCGACGAGGUGGUGCGGUUCCUGGGCCAGUUCCCGCGUGCCCUGAUGGCCUUCCUAGAACACCUGGUGCUGGAGAGGCGGGUGCAGGAGGAGAGGCAUCACACGCACCUCGCCACACUCUACUUGGAGGACGUCCUCGACAUUCUGUGCAACCAUCAGCCUGACGACCACGGGGGGUCACCGGGUUUCACGGCGGGGUCACAGGGCGCCAAGCUGGCCGCGGCACGGGCCAAGCUGCAGCUCAUGCUGCAGGAGUCGGAGCUCUACCGUGCGGAGUUCCUGCUCGGGAAGCUGGGUGCCUCUCCGCUGCUGGCCGAGCGGGCCUUGCUGCAGGGCCGUCUGGGCGACCACGGCGGCGCCCUGCACACUCUGGUGCACGGCGCGCACGACCUCCCCGCGGCGCGCCGCUACUGCUCCCGCCACCCGGACCCGGCCCAGCGCCGCCGCCUCUUCCACCUCCUCCUCUCCGCCUGCCUGGUGCCGCCGACCGGGCCCUGCCAGUCCAACGGGCCGGAGCGCGGCGCCGCCCGCAACGGGACGGGCGCGGGGCCCGACGACGACGGCGCCUACGACGGGCACGACGGCGCUCGCCGUGCCGUCGAGACCGACGCCGUGGCCGUGGCGGACCUGCUGAACGGCGAGGCCCCCGAGUUCGAGGCGUCCGCCGUGCUGGCGACGCUGCCCGAAGGCUGGUCGGCGGGGCUGCUGGCGCCGUUCCUGCGCGCGGCGCUGCGGGGCAGCCUGCACGCGCGGCGCACCGCGCAGGCGCAGCGCGGGCUGGCGUGCGCACAGAACCUCGCGCUGCGCAAGGAGAAGGCCUCUCUGUGCCUGCGGCCCGUGGUGCUCACGGAGCGUACCAUCUGCCCCAUGUGCCAGGGGGUGUUCUCCGAACCCGAGUUUGCGCGCUACCCCAGCGGUGCGGUGGUGCACCCGGCGUGCGCCCGCCAGCGCUCGGUGUGCCCCAUCACGGGCCACGUGUACUCGCCGUGACGGCGCCCACCCGCCCCGUCCGUCCGUCCACUCCAUUGUGUCGUAAAACUUUAAAAACUAUUGGCCAAGCCGCUGCUUGGCUGCGGCGUCGUCGGACCCAAUUCGCCACGAGUCGAGGAUUUCGCCAAUUAUUAUUUUUUUUUGCGCGGAAACUUUGUGACAGAGCGAACAAGAAGACCAGGGCUUUAAUGUCAGCUGGAUCGGUUUGGGUCAGCGACCGGGGAAAAAUGUUUCCACACCCGGCAACAUCGCAUCCAGGUAUCCAUCUCGCUGUGGCUGUGGUCGCUGGUCACUUGCACACCUGCUCCAGUCUGCCAGUGACCCGGAAAAUAUUCCAUUAGGGGAAUUAAGCCCUGAGAAGGACCCAACUGCGAAUUCUACCCUGCCAAAAAAUACUCGAUUAUGAUGAUGACGACGACGCGGGGCCUGAAGUCAUGAAUUUAAAGAAAUGUCUCCCUCUUGGCGAUGAACGGAAGGGUUUGCCCUCGCCGGAAACAAACCACGACCAUAUCCUCAAUUAAUGAUUUUACUUUCCUAACCUUGGUUUUGCGAUAUAUCCGCGAGCGACGUGUCGUGGGAUCGCUCACCUGUGCAUGCGGAUGGGGGGCAUGCCGCUAAGCGGUAGUCGCUGCUCGUAGGGACGCGCAUAUCAUGAGAGCAGGGCUGGGGAAUCUUUUCUUUGCCGAGGGCCAAAUAGAACUGGCACAUACAUGUGGCGGGCAACAGCACUUGAAAAACACACACACCUUAGACAUAUAUGUAAUAAUAGCGUACAAAAAUAAUUGAGGAACACCUAUAAUUUUAGAAACGCAGUGCUGCCAGGUGGAAAAAUAUUGCCCUCUAGUGCCCGAUGAGAUGCUUGCAGUAACAAUGAAUUGCGGGCCACUGUUCGGAGGUAGUUAGGCCCCUUUGGUGGCAGCCGGCCAUAUGAAACAAAGUAAUGGGCUACGUCUGGGCUGCAUCGGCCAUAGGUUCCUCACCCCUGCUUAUAAAGUAAUUACCAGAGUGAUUGUGGCAAAUAUAGGACAGACGUAGAGAGACGCAGCUCGCUGUCGGCUCAUCGUGUUUUGUUUUAUGAUCGAUUGCUACUGCCGUCCAUUUGGUCCUCAUCUGAA